AUGUUACACUUAGGAUCAUACCUUGUUGGGCGCUACCGAAAGAAGCAGAAAGCCAAGGCAAACCGUCAAGAUGUCCCGGUUAUGCUGGACGGCGGCCAAGAAUACGGCGGCAAGGCAGAGCUCGACGGCGCGGCGCUGGGUGUGACGGAGCUGGACUCUGCAAAGGACGUGGCGGAGCUGGACUCUGCGACAAAACAUGCAGCGCGCGCUGAGCUCAUGCAAUCCGACGUUGUCGAGUUGGACUCCACUGCAACGGUGCCCAAGAAGAGGGCAGAGCUGGACUCCGCGACAACACGUCCAGCGCGCGCGGAGCUCAUGCAAUCUGAAGUUGCCGAGCUAGAGGCCACGGCAGCGGUGCCCAAGGACGAGCAAAGAUCACCAUUAGCGCCGAAGGAGCGCCAGACUGGCGCUGGCGGAGUCCCCGGGGUUUCGGGCACGGGAUUUCAGGGGGUUUGGGGUUACGAGACAGAAUACAAGGAACCGUCGCCCCCUUUGCCACCUAGCAGCGAGUCGUCUCCAGCCCAGACAAGUAUAGCGCCCGCCUCCCCUUCAGAGGAACCUGCUGCCCGUCGUUCACGGCUGCUAGCGCGACAACAGGAACUGCGACUCGAAUCCGAGCGGUUGCGGAAGCUACAGAGUAUCGAGGAGGAGGAGCGUAGGAUACAGAGAGAACUGGAAAGACUGGAGGAAGAUGCUACGUAG